GAGAACAGCGAGGCGGAGGAGGAGAAGCGUGCCGGCCGGUUAGCUGAUGUGGCUGAAGCUGAUCCCCCGUCCCAAAGGAGUCCCGCGGAGGAAGCUGGCAGCCCGAGAGAGGAGGAGUCUUUAAAACCAAGACACGCUGAAGAAGGGCGAGAGUCUUCCUCGGCUUCUGACGCUGCGUGCCCUCCGACUCCGCUUCGAGCCCUUCCCGGUGACGCUGACAGUAGCCUGUCUGGCCAGAGCAAGGAGGAGUCCGAUGGGAAACUCGCUGGGAAGGAAGUGCUGGGCGAGAAAGAUGCCGCGGUGGAAGGUGACGUCUCUGCAGCUGAUGAGCUGCCGCGGUCUCGGGGGGAAAGGAGUGCGACAGGGGCAGACGCGCCCGGCGGUCCUGGGCGACCUCGAGCUGCGUCUCUGGCUGCGGAAGCCGCCGAGGCAGGGUGGCGGGCCGCCGCUGUUGACGCCACGUCAGGUGAUGAAAAGAGAGUGACUGAAAUGAGGGAAGCAGCAGCAGCUGAUCUGAAAACAGACAGCAGGCUGGAUGCUGGCAAACUUUCAAAGGCAUCGGAGAGCAGCGGCGGUGGGGAGGACUUGCAAGUUUCCAACCGCUCGGACCGGGAGCUGCUGCAGCCGAUGGACCUGGCUUUCCAGAGUCGGCUUUUGGAGCAGGUACUGGACGCGGGGGUUCUGUCUCCUGUUCUGGACCGCCCCACGUGCAAGGCCCGGGAGCUGGGAGAAGAGGAAGAAGAGCAAAGCGAAGCCAGUAUAGAGGAAGAGCAAAGCCAAAGAAGAAAAGCUGCUGAGAGCAUAAGGGAGCAAAGUGCUUGGGAAACGUCAGAAGAGAAGUGUUUUGCUUUAGAAAAUGCCAGUCGGGAGGAGGCUGUGGCCCGGGAGGCGGAGGAGGGAUCGCUGGGUAGCCCCAGCAGUCUGGAGGAGCUCGCUGCCCCACGGAAGGCGCGCCCCAAGAAGGAAAUCAAACACGGGCAGUCCUUGAACCAGCCUAGUGAAGAAUCCCUGGAGGGAAUAGUUGAGGAGCUGGAGCUGGAGCGAGAGAAAAUGCGUUUAUUGCAAGCGAAGAAGGAGAAAAUUCGGCAAUUCCGGGAGGAGAUGAGGCAGCAGGAGGAGGAGGAAGCUCAGAAGCUUCAUCAGCAGAAAGAAAUAUCCCUCAGGACUCUAAAAGAAGAUUUGGCAAAGGCUUCUGAGGAGGAAGAGCUGCGUGUCAGAAAGGAAGAAACUGAGAGACUCUCAAAGCUGCGAGCCAGAAUCGCCUCGGAGACGGAGGCAGAGAAGGAGAAGAUAAGGGCAGAGCAAGAGGUCGCGCUGCAGAAACUAAGAGAAGAGUGGGAGUCCCUGCAGGUGAUGGAGAAGGAGAGCCUGGAGAAGCAGCACCAGCUCGCUUUGGAGAAAAUGAAGCUGGAAAUGGAGGAAGCUCGGCAGAAGGAGAUGGUGGGGCUGGAACAAGAGAAGGAGCAAGUCCUGCGUGAGCUCAAGGAGAGAUUAGACAGGGAAAAGAAGAAGGCAGCAGAAGAGCUGGAGAAACAGUUUGCAGCUGAACUCCAGCAGGUGAAAUCCGCAGCAGAAGAGAAGCAUCGUAAGGUCAUUUCCAGCCUGCGAACCCAGAUAGCAGAGGCACAGAGGAGCAAGGAGGCUCGGCUGCGUGACGACUUGCAGCGAGCGGAGCAGAAAGUGCAGCAAAAAGCCUUUCGAGUAACCGAAUACGAACGCGAGCUCGGCGAGCUUAUGAGAGAGAAACGCCGGCAAGUGGAAGACGAGCACGAGAGGAAAAUGGAGAGGAUGAAAGAGGAGCACCAGGAGGUCCUAGCACGGAUUCAGGACCAGUACGAGGAGGAGGAGCGGAAGCAAAAGGCAGAGCUGUUCGAAGGCCUGCGAAGUAAGAAGGCGCGCCUCCAGCAGCUCCACGCGGAGGAGGUGAAGGCUCUGCAGGCGGAGCUGGACGAGCGGCUGGCUGCGCUGCAGCACAGGCACGGGGAGAAGGAAAGAGAACUCCAGGAUUCGGAAAUGGAGCUUGAAAUGCGCAUGAGGGACGUCGAAGCCAGAUCAGCGCAGCUCCUCAGCCAGGAGGAGUCUCUGAGAAAGAAAAGGCAGCAGCUGCUGGAUGAAGACAGACGGACUGAGCUAGAAAGAGAUGAAGCUGCUUUAGCUUCUCAGCUCCGCCUGGAGGAGAACAGGAAGGAGCACGCCAGCCUCCUUGAGUCCCUCCGGCAGCUGCGUAGGUCCCUUGAGGAGCUCCGGGACCAGAAAGCUGAGCUGGAGGCCCAGGUGGACUUGUUGCAGACCCGCAGCCAGAGGCUGCAGAAACGCAUCAGUGAGCUGGAGGCAGCUGUCAGGAGCAAACAGGAGACUUUGAAAGAGCUGGAGGCAGAAGGAAGCGUGGAAUCUCCGAGAAGGAAAGCCGAGCUCCACGUUGAAGACCUGAGAGAAAGUCUUCAAGCUCGCUCGCCCAGAGAGCCUGCUUCCCCGCCCUCGCAAAGCCAUGAGAACAGCGCCUUCCAGUUUGAUCACGUCAGGAGCUACAUCUCUGCGGAAGGGAUCUUCAUCAGGAACGCCAAGGAGUUCCUGGUGCGCCACACCCUCUCCAUGAGGAAGAGGCACGCGGCGCUGAAAGCUGCAAAGCAGCAGUGGCGCCAAGAUAUGCAGGAAGCGCGGGAGGCGGUGCGGGAUCUAGACAGCUCCCAGCUCCUGGAGGGCGUGCGCCGGAACCUGGAGGAGGAAGCAAAGCGGUUGGAGAAGAUGAAGUCGGCUAUGCGGAAAGGGCAGGUGCUGCUGAAGAAGGAAGAGGAGAAGCUAAGCCAGCUGGAGUCCUCGCUGCUGGAGGAGCUGUCGGACGAAGAUACGCUGAAGAGUGCCGCGUGCAAGAAGACGGUGACUUUUGAUCUCGGCAGCUCUGAGGACACAGACAGCACAUCCAGUGUGAAUCUGCAUCAGCCUAAACUCACCCCUUUUUUCCCCCAUUUGCGGCCUGCCCCCCAGCUGGACAAGAUCAAGUACUUGACAGACUCCCUGCAGCGUAUCAGCAGUGAACUGAGGGGGGUCCUGGGCGUCUUGGGCGCUCCGAACGAUCGCCAGUCUCCGCUCUUCACCUCGACACCCUGCGACGGCGUCCCUCCUUCUACCUAUGCCUCCUUGGCAGGAGUCCAGGCAGGGAGCUCCCCGGUGCCCUCCACCGCGGCAUCCCUGGUGGACCGGUGGGCCUGGAGCACUGGGCUGAGCUCCAGCCACUCCUUCGCAGCCAAACAGUCAGUGGACAGCUUCCUAGCAGAGAAAUGGCACAAGUAUUUCCCAGGUGGGUUCCCGGUGCUCGGUGGCAGUUCCAAGCCUCUGGACAACAAGCUGGGAUACGUACCUGCAGAGGAGCAAUUACGGCUGUUCCAGCAGUCCCAGAUCCGGAGCCGUGAGUCGGACAAGAUGAGUAUUGAAGGAAGGAUUGAGGCCAUCAAGAAAUGGCUAGAAGACUUCAAGAGGGAUUCCAAAGUGUAUCCUUUGCCUGCGUCUGGUCUUCUGUUGCACUCCACCUUCCUGCAGCGAGUAGGAGACGGCGGCAGGAGAUGCCCCGAAGGGGGAAGGGCAGCUGCCCGGAGGAGCCCUCUGGAGGGAGGGAUGGAUCAAAACGCAGGUUUCUCGGCCGCUGUCGGAUUGCACCGAGCCCUGUCUGUAGGGAUUUUGCUUCUAGUUUCCUGGCUGUUGGCGGGAGACACGGCAGUCCUUCCAGCUCGUUACAAUGCUCGUCUUGCUCUGGAGCCUUAUGUCAAGGCUGGAGGAUGGGCGGUGUGCAGGAAGAGCCCAAGGCCGGCGCGGCUGGGCACCUGGGGAGGGGCGAAGGCGCUCGGGUCUCCGCCGGCGCGGGUGGGGGGUUCUCCCUGGCAAAGGGGGAGAAGGUGUCGUGCCAGCGGGGAGCAGGGCCGCUCCGCUCCAGAGCGGCUCUCCGGCAGCCUGGGAUGCGUUACAAGUGGCGAACUCGGCAGAUGGGCUGUUGCUACCGAUUUCGCCAUCUACUUCGCAGCGGCCGUGACUCUCCCCCACGCGGUGCGUCAGGCGCCGCUGCCGCGGCAGCGUGCCUGCUGGCGUCCUGCCGGCGGGAUCGCUGAUCGCCGCUCUUGCCGGGAAUCGGGCGGGAUCGGCGAUGCGCUCGUUCCUUUCCCCUUCCCGCCGCCUUCCGGCAGCCCUGGGACACCCAUAGCAGCCCUCCCAGGCUGCGCCUGUUUGCUCCUCUGGGAUUUUUCCCUCUGA